CCGGUUCUACUGGUUCUACCGCUGCUGGUUCUACUGUUGCUGGUUCCACAGGUUCUACUGCUCCGGUUCUACCACUGCUGGUUCUACAGGUUCUACUGCUGCUGGUUCUACUGCUGCUGGUUCCACAGGAGGCGUUACUCGGUCACAUUUUCUCAUCAUGGCCGACUGGACCGACUGUCUGAACUUUGGGAUCUCCAUCGCUAAACAGGCUAGUGAGGUGGUUCUGUCAGCGUUUCAGCAGCACAAAGAGGUGAAGCUGAAAAGUUCUCCUGCGGAUCUGGUGACAGAAACGGAUCAGAGAGUCGAGAAGAUCCUCAUCUCCGCCAUCAGGAACCGCUACCCUCAGCACAGGUUCAUCGGGGAGGAGUCUGUGGCUGCAGGUGAACAUCUGGAGCUGACUGACAGUCCCACCUGGAUCAUCGACCCCAUCGAUGGCACGGUGAAUUUUGUCCACAGGUUUCCAUUUGUGGCCAUUUCCAUCGCCUUCACUGUCAACAGACAGACCCAGUUUGGGAUCGUGUACAGCUGUGUGGAGGACAAACUGUUCUACGCUCAGAGAGGAGGAGGAGCGUUCCUCAACGGAGAACCGCUGCACGCCUCCGGACAGCAAGACAUCAGCAGGUGUGUGGUGGUGACGGAGAUUGGGGCUGAGCGUGAUGAUGUCGCUCUGUCCACCAUGACCUCCAACAUCCGCAGACUGCUCCAGUUCCCUGUGCACGGCGUGCGUGCUUUGGGGACAGCAGCAGUUGACAUGUGUCAGGUGGCCACAGGUGGAGCUGACGCCUACUACCACAUCGGGAUGCACUGCUGGGACAUCGCUGCCUCCGCCAUUAUUGUGCAGGAAGCUGGAGGCGUUGUCAUGGACACGGACGGCUCGGAGUUUGACAUGAUGUCGAGGAGAGUCAUCGCCGCCAGCUCCGCCGCUGUGGCUGAUCGCAUCGCUCAGGUGAUCCAGGCCUUCCCCUGUUGUCGUGACGACGAGGACAACUGUGGGUGUGGAGCGACAGGUGUAAACUGACUGCAGGUCACCUGACAGGAAAUGUGAUAAAACUAAUCAAGCCUGUAAA